AUGGUUUGCUCCAAGACCUCCGCGGCGGCUCUCGCCGCCCUCCUUCUGCAGGGCAGCUUCGUCCUGGGCCAAGUGAACGACGUUCAGGUUCCCACGCCUACCACGUCUCCUCCCCGGACCGUCACGGGCGAGUACGGAUGCUACACCGACUUCGUCCAGGAACGGCCUGAGUCCGUCGAGACCCUAUCCAGAGUCUACUCCCACACCUCGCCCAUCACCUACUACCACUACGUCACCCCGUUCAGGACCACCGUGACCGUGACUCCUUCCCCCCUCCCUCCCCCGUCCGCGACGGCCCCGGCCACCAUCACCAUCACGGACACCGUAACAAGCUACACCCGCACCACUUCCUUCACGAUCCAGUCGAUUCCCACGCCCGCCGGCUUCAUCCCGCUCUCCUCCGCCGUCUACAGACCCCGCGACGACUUCGGCAACCUCUACAUCGACCAGUCCGACGGUGCUUCCGAGGACGCCGACACCUUCCCGAACGCCCAGCACCCCCUGAAGCUCAGCCUCGCCCAGUCCCAAGACGUCGUCGCCGACCCCCCCUUCUACCCCGAGCGCGUGGUCUGCGAGCGCGUCGUCCGCAUCUACACGACCACAACCGAGACCUACACCGUCACCGGCACCUUCACCACAACCGUGACCGCCGCGACGCCCUCUCCGACGAUCCCCUCCGUCCCCGCGCAGGUCACCACGACCACGACCUACACGACCACCUCCACCUGGCAGGUCGUCAUGCCCAACCCGACCUUCACGGCGUACGAGGCGUGCCAGGCCAACAACAUGGUCUCGCGGGCUCCGGGCGACCGGCCGAUCGUGGAGGCGGCCAACGACUGGAGCGUGACGCGCGAGGAGCGCUACGCGGAGUCCGCGUACGACUGCUGCGUCUUCUGCCAGCGCGAGGACAAGUGCACGGGGAGUCUGUACUUCCGCAACGUCUGCUACACCUUCAGGGACGAUGACGAUACGUGUGCCACCCCGGGAGAGCUGCGCUGGAGCCGGAGGGCUAGCACUAAGGGAGCGUUUGUGGCUAGCAACGGCAUGUGCGGUUCGUGGAGGCUGUCGCGGACGCCUCCGUCUAAUGAGGGAUUCUAA